GAGCAAUCGCGAGCGACUCGUGACGGACACGUUUGCGGCCUAACCACUGUACACAAAUAAAACUAUAUAUUCACCACAAGAAACCCUAAUUCCAAUCUCUUUGUUCACUUGCGUCGCCCAACUUCUCUGCAGCUUACGGCCUCUUUCACUCCGGAGAUUUUCGAGAAUUUAGAGAGUGAAAGGAUCGAUCUUGUGAAACAACAAUGGCUUUGGUUCUGCAUUCCUCUGAGAACAAAAAUGCAUUCAAGGCACUUAUUGCCGCGGAGUACACUGGUGUAAAGGUUGAACUGGCAAAGGAUUUUCAGAUGGGCGUGACAAAUAAGACCCCGGAAUUCAUCAAGAUGAAUCCUAUUGGGAAAAUUCCUGUGCUGGAAACACCCGAUGGCUGUGUUUUUGAAAGCAAUGCUAUUGCACGCUAUGUGGCUCGAUCGAAUCCUGAUAGCCCCUUAUAUGGGUCAUCGUUGAUUGAUUAUGGUCACAUUGAGCAGUGGAACGAUUUUUCUGCUACUGAAAUCGAUGCUAACAUAGCAUCCUGGUUAUACCCGAGGUUUGGAUUUCGUCCAUAUAUUCCCCAGGCUGAGGAGGUUGCAAUUGCCAAUUUAAAGAGGGCUUUGGGAGCUUUGAACACUCACCUUGCCUCAAACACCUACUUGGUCGGGCACAGUGUUACGCUUGCAGACAUUGUUAUGGUCUGCAACCUUGCUUUUGGAUUCAAGAUGGGCCUGACCAAGAGCUUCACCUCUGAGUUCCCUCAUGUGGAGAGGUAUAUCUGGACAUUGGUCAACCAGCCCAACUUCAAGAAGUUUUGGGGUGAUGUCAAGCAGGCUGAGUCUGUCCCCCCUGUUGCGUCCAAGAAGCCGGCCCAGCCCAAGGAGGCUGAAAAGCCCAAGGCAAAGGAGGCUAAGAAAGAGGAGGUAAAGCCCAAGGAAGUAGCAGCUGAGGCAGAGGAAGCUCCCAAGCCCAAGGCUAAGAAUCCAUUGGAUCUGUUGCCUCCUAGCAAGAUGAUUUUGGACGAGUGGAAGAGGCUUUAUUCUAACACCAAGACCAACUUCCGUGAGGUUGCAAUCAAAGGAUUUUGGGACAUGUAUGAUCCUGAAGGAUACUCUCUGUGGUUCUGUGACUACAAAUACAAUGACGAGAACACAGUUUCGUUUGUCACCUUAAAUAAGGUGAGCGGCUUCUUGCAGAGGAUGGACCUCGCUCGCAAGUACGCUUUCGGGAAAAUGCUCAUCAUUGGCUCGGAGGCUCCUUACAAGGUCAAAGGGCUGUGGCUCUUCCGUGGCACUGAGAUUCCCCAGUUUGUUGUGGACGAGUGUUACGACAUGGAGCUCUAUGAUUGGGCCAAGGUGGACAUCAAUGACGAGGCCCAAAAGGAGCGUGUGAACCAGAUGAUUGAAGAUGCCGAGCCCUUUGAGGGAGAGGCCUUGUUGGAUGCGAAGUGCUUCAAGUGAAGGGAUGGAGGUUUGUUUUGCAUUUUUUGUUUUGGUUAUGUGUAACCUACGGGGAGAAUUUUCGUUUAUGGUGAUGAAUUCUAACUUCUAAGUUAUAUUUGGUUUUGACGGUCUUGAAUUUUGAUGUAUGUGGUGUGGUGAGGUUUAAGCUGAGUUUUUGAACAAGUGUGUGGGGAGGCUUUUUAUCUGAGUUUGAACCUUUGCUUUUGAAUUUUUCUAGUGUUGAUUUGAAUGAACUUGUGCUUUACAUUUUCGUGUCAUGUUCGUGUUGAAAACUUCGUUUAUUAUUUU